AUGAAGUUCUUCGCUGUCGCUGCUUUCGUCGCUGCCGUCGCUGCCCAGGGCUACGACACCGGUGCUGAGACGUGCUCCGUCCAGACCGUCACCGAGACUGUCACCCUCCCUUACGGCGUGCACACGCCUAGCGCUCCCUCCGUCCCCAGCGCUGCUCCCACUCUUCCUCCCUAUCCCACCGGCGAGGCUCCCUACCCAUCCGUCCCGGCUCCCAGCGGCACUGGCGUCAUUCCCGUUCAGUCCUCCUACGCCGCGGUCCAGCCCUCUGGCACUGCUCCCGCUGGUACCGGCGCUGCCUCGCCUUCUGGCACUGGCAGCUACGCCGUCCCUUCGAGCGGCUACUUCGAGGGCGCUGCUAGCAGCAACCAGGUUGCUGGGUUUGUUGCCGGUGUCGGUGCUUUCGCUGCUAUGUUCUUGUAA